AUGAUCAACAGCUACCACCAAAAUUCGAGUGUGGUGAGCACGGAGGAUGGCAGUAGCUCCACUGUAUUUGGUAAUCCUCGAAUAGAGCAGCGACGCCGGCAUGCGCAGCAGCAGCAGCAGCAGCAGCAAGUGUCGCGGUUGCCCGGCAGUUACGAACGCUUCUCAGAGACGCUGCCGCCGUCCUCCAAAAUACAGCAGGACCCCGUCACGGAGUAUGCGGCGCGACGCGACGGCGAGGGCAGCAUUCCCAUGUUACUCCGAAACGAAGGUAGUCGGUCACAGAUGCAUCACAUGGAGGCGGUGGAAAGCGGUGUGGCACCACCACCCGCCGUGCGCACAGCACGCACGGACCUGCCCGCCUUGGCGUCGCCAAAGCAUUCGGCUGAGGAGCCGCAGACCCUCUUGGAAACCACAGUGAUGGUGUCGACAAAGAUGCCCCCACACGAGCCGCAGGUGCGCCCGCUGGGCGUGUAUGUGCGCACAGGCCGCGGAGGCCCCAACGGGGUGACGCGUGUCGUUCUCGUGCGACUGACCGACCCCACAGAUCCCUUCUUUUUGUUUGAGUUGGAGCUUCUCGAGGACGACUACAACGCCUUCAAGCAGCACCUGGAGCUGCUCGUUGACUUCCACGGCUUUCCGCGCUACCUGGUCGGCAUGCUGCGCGACAUCGCUGACGGCGCCUCCGCCUAUGAGUUGUCCUUUGUGUUGAACAGCGCCGCCGUAGGUGACUCGAACCGAGGGACGCUGCGAGUGCUGGAGACGACGGAUUUCAAAACUGUAGAGCAUAUUUCACUGGUGCUACUGCGACAGGGGGACGCCGGCCUCAAGCGGUACCUCGCCGAGCGCUUUCAACACUACGAGCAGUCGUUCCGUGCAUCGGAGGCUUCGCGAGCGGUCAUCACGGCGGAGCUUCAGGAGAAAAUCGGUGACUUGCAGGCCGCGAACGACGCGCUGCGUGCCAGUUUGCGCAAGGCCGAGGAAGAGAUGCGGUUUAUGAUGACGGACGCAGAGAAGGAGCAGCUGGUCGCGCUGAACCGACUACGAGACCACCACACGAAGGAGAUGAACGGCGCUCGUGAAUCAUUCGACAAAAAAGUCGAGCAGCUCUCGCACGCCUUGGAGGAGAAGACGCGUCAGCUGCGCGACACCACCCACGAAAAGGAUGCUGCCUUGGCAGAGUCACACGUUCGCACAUCGCAGCUGGAAGCCAAGGUGGCCUCGCUCCAGUCACAGCUCCGCAGUGCACAGGACACGGUAAGCGUUCAGACCAAGGAACUCGCCACGUUGCGGGAGAUGAACGACGAGCUGGCAAACUUCAAGGCCGAGGCGACAAAGGCGAUGUCGGAGAACGAGCUCAACUACGUGACGGUGGCGGAGCGGCUCCGCGGCACCAGCACCGCACUGCAGAGUCGAGAAGAGAAGAUGGCCGCGCUGCAAGCACACUACGAGAAGCAGGACGAGUACAUCCGCAUUUUGGCUGAGCAGAACAGGCAGCAGGCAGACCGCGCCCACGAGGCGGAGAAGAAUCUGGACAAGGCCCAUCACAUCAUCGCAAACCAGCUGCAGGCGAUCAAAAACGCGAAGGGCCGCUACCACAUUGCGAUGGAUCAGCUACGCACGCAGGAAACGCUUCUGCAGGAGCGCGACGGUGCCGCGCGUCGGCAGCAGGAGGAGCUGACGACGGCGACGGAGCGCGUCCAGGAGCUGCUGCGCAAAAACAGCGACCUCCGUGAGCAGCUGGAGACGACCAACAACGCUCGCGAGAAACUGGUGCAAGAGGUAAAGCUGAGCCAGCAGGCACUGCUGCGUCUGCAGCAGACGACAAGCAUCAACGGACGUCACUGGGGCGUGUUAAGCUCGGCGUAUCAUAGCAGAGAGGGAGCCGCCGCUGGUGUAUCUGCCCUGAAUCCUGCGACGGGGGCGAGCACGGCUGACUUCAUGCGCGAGUUCAGCGCACAUACACAAGUGCUGAGUCAGCCGGGGUACCACGGCAGCAACCUUCCCUCCCGUACUAGUCUCUAUCGCUCCACAAACCUGGGAAAGGCCGGAUUUGUCGCUGCGUCGAACGGGCUGGCGCCUUCUACCAUGGCCACUGCAACUGACAGUGCUACCGUUAUCCAGCGUCCAUCGCUCUUUGCCGCGAAGGCAGCUUCUCCGUCCUUGGCGCACAGUAGCCAGGAGCGGGCCAGCAGUGCCGAGACGGCGGGCCUGACCGAGCCACAUGGCCGGGCGAGCAUGUCGUCACUGAGGAAGACGGAGCCAGCCAGCGGCGCCGCGGCUGCCUCGGCGGUGCAACCUCCCGUGAAACAUCUCUCCCUGGACAAACAAUCGCCGCACACGGAGCACUUUUCAUUCAACGGCUUAGCAAUCAAGUCCUUCUUUGGCGAAGGGGAUGCAUCGCAGCGAGCGACGGUGACUGCAGGUCCGGCACUAGAGAGCGCCUACUUUUAG